UAUAAACCCGCCUGAACCUCCCUGGUCACCGUGUCUGUCACUCCUCAGCUCCAGCAUCAUUGGCUGUUCUGCUUCCUCGUCAGGGGGGGUGCUGGAGGGCGGAUACUAAAAUCUCAGGUUGGCAGCAGCAGCACAGCGAGGAGGUCCAACCCGCUCCUUUGUGAGAGACACACAAGGCAGCAGCUGCGGGAGGAACGGCGCAGGAGCGUGCCGCACCCUUUGUGCUCGUCCUGGGACUCACCUUGUAGAUCACUGCGCACAGGUAACCACCGUUCAAACUACCGGAAGCAAAGGGGAGAAAAAAAAAAGUCCCGACACAGGUGACCGACAGACUUUUUUGGACUAAACAAGGAAAGCUGGAAUGGAGCCUCGGUAGAAACAGAUAAAAAAAAAAAAGAAACCCAAGGAUAAUUUUUGGGAUUUUGGCGCAUAUUUUUCACCAACCUGUGGUCAAAGGUGUUCAAAUUGGCGCAGGUACGAGAACAGGUUUCAUUCGCUUCAGGUUUCUCAACACGAGUGACUCUGAUCUGGAUUUACUUGAUAGACUGGUUCAAAGAAAAGAUUGAAGACCCGCAGAUCAAGAGUGCACAAACCUCCAUACAGUGAAGGAUCCCUCCAGUCCUCACCUGUUCAGCUGAUGGCAUGCAGAUCUCUAACCCACCUGAGAAGGCGAGUCUGAACGGUUCCCUAGACCGUCCCCUCUGCUUCCUGCCAGCAACUCCGCUCUCCUCUCCGUCUUCUUCAUCACCUUCAACUUCUCUUUGAUCCCACAAAUCCACCAGAUAUCUCAACAUGGCAAUGCCGACUGACAACCCAGAACAAUGCUACGACAACGAGUCUGUCAAGUUUUUUUAUGAGAAAAGUGGAAAGAACAUCAGCGACCACUGGCGCAGACGUGACUAUGUGAUUGUCACUCUUGGCAUGACGGUCUGCUUCAUUGUCAUUUUUUCCAACCUUUUGGUCAUAGCUGCCAUUUUCAAGAACCGACGCUUUCACUUUCCCAUCUACUACCUGUUGGGUAACCUGGCCUUGGCAGACCUCUUCUCAGGUAUCUCCUACCUCCACAUGAUGUUUCAUACUGGUCCCUGGACAAUUAAGCUGUCUGUACACCAGUGGUUUGUGCGACAGGGACUGAUUGACACCAGCUUGACAGCUUCAGUCCUCAAUCUCCUGGCUGUGGCCGUGGAGCGCCACCAAACCAUCUUCAACAUGCAGCUGCACAGUAAGAUGAGCACCCGGCGUGUUUUCAUCAUCAUGUUGUUCAUCUGGCUGGUGGCCAUAAUCAUGGGUCUGGUUCCCACCAUGGGCUGGCACUGCCUGUGUGACCUGGAGAACUGCUCCACCAUGGCACCCAUGUACAGCCGCAGCUACCUGGUGUUCUGGGCCAUUCUCAACCUGCUGACCUUCUCCAUCAUGUUGGCCGUCUACACCCGGAUCUUUAUAUACGUGAGGCACAAGAGCAAGCAGAUGUCGCAGCACACCACCCAGAUGAGACAUAAAGAGACGGUUUUCAACCUGAUGAAGACCGUCUCCAUGAUCUUGGGCUGUUUUGUGAUCUGCUGGACGCCCGGCCUGGUGGUGCUGCUUCUCGACGGCCUUCACUGCGACGUGUGUAAGGUGCUGCUCUACGAAAAGUACUUCCUGGUCCUGGCUGAGUGCAACUCCUUCGUCAAUCCCAUCAUCUACUGCUUCAGGGACAAGGACAUGAGGAGGACCUUCAUGGAGCUCUUGUGCCUGUGUCGGCGGGGAGGAAAGAGCAAGAACGCCUCUGGAGUUCACUUUAGCACCCUGGAGCACGAGAACUAUAAAAGUCGUAAAGCCGAGCCGAUGGAAAGGAGCAACGGGACGCCUCUCAUCCAUGAAGUCUCAGAAGACAUGCCGGUCUCCUCAGAAAAGUGGAAUUAACUCUUUCAACACAUUCAAGACAUGCAGAUACACACUUGACACUGAAAUCCACUGAUCUGCGCAUGCUCACAAACAAGCCCUAAGUAAAAAACUUUUCCUCUGCUGCCAACAGCGAUGGUAAUUCUGCUUUUUGUAAUUUAAAGCUAACUCAGUCAUGGGGCAAAGAAGAGUUGAUUAACUUUGAAUAUCUGAUGGCCAACAUGAUGGUGGAUGUAUCUUCUUAUUCAGUGUUUCUCAAACUCUUACUACCAAAUAUUAGUUUAUCCAAGUACCACCAUUAUGACAGAUGUGAAAAUACAGUAGCGUAUUCAGGGUUCACACAGGAGGCAGGUUUAUUCGUGAUCUUUCUUAUUUAUUGUUGACUGUUGUUGAAUCCUGAACCAAGAACUAAUUUUAUAGAUUCCUCCUGAUAUUUCCUGUUUGGAUCCGUGAUUGCAGUGUUGAAUCAUCAUUAUUUUACCUCCAUUUAUUGUCUUAGUGCUACAUUUAUUUUGUAACUAAUCACAGAUGUAUGUGUAGCUACGUGCAUGAAAGUGGCUAUUUCGCAGACUGGAAGCCGAAGUGAGAGGCUCAUUUGCGCUCCAUCAUCAACCUUCAGCAGACAGAGGGAGGCAAAGCCUCCAUCACUGGGCAAUUUAAACAAUAUAAGGACUGGCACUAGAGAGCUAAUUUCCUGUUGGGACAUAAGUGAGCAGCAGCAGUAAACAACCACUGACCAACUGGAACAUGGUGAAAACGUGUUGCAAAACAGAACUUUUGAGCGAGUGCCACAGAGUUGUAUAAUGUCUUUAAUAUUAUAUUCAUGAUGGACUAAUGUGUAUGCGAUACAACAGCCCUGUGAUAAAUGAUCACUUUAUGAAGGUUAUAUUAUGUUGAAACUGUUUUAGAGUUGAUAUAUAAUCGACUGCAUCCAUCCUAUUGAACUGGGUUAAAAUCAUUUGUAUAAUUUUUAUAUAUAUUUUUUCUUCCUUAAGCUCAUAGCAGAAACCAGUACUACUCUGUACUGGACUUUAUAAAGGGUUAUAAGUUAUGACUAACGGAUUUGUUUGUUAAUUUAUUAUCGCUUUAUUGACCAAUUUUAUUAUUAAGAGCAGCAUUUGAAAAAUGUGUGACAGGCUCUGUUUGGAUGUUUUUGUUUUUUUUUAACCAAUCUGACUACACAUUAGUUAUUCUAUUAAUGUCUCAUUACUGAUCUAAAAGCAUAAUUAAAAGAUCAGUGUGUGGGAUUUAGUGGGAUUGUGCAUUGCUGGUGUUCCCAUUCCAAGUUUAAGUGACGAUGGCCAUGAAACGUGCAAAAGACCAACUAGACUUAGAAUAUCUAGAGCCAUUGUUUGGGUUGUCCAUUGUGGCCUACUGUAGAAACAGUUCAACAUGGUGGACACCCUGGAAGAUGCCAUGCAGCAUCUGUAGAUAAAAAACGGCUCAUUUAAAGGUAACAUAAAAAAAGUUCUUAUUCUAAAAAUAAAGUUCUUAUUUUCAGGUGACUAUACACAAGUAAAAUCAUAGUUUCAGACAGUAUACAUAUAAUAUCUCUGCCGUAUUCUGUAAAUAAAGCUUCUAAAUUGUUCAAAUGAUUAAACAUUAAUAAAGCCUCAAGUUAGAAUUUAUAAUUCUGUUUAAAGUAUUCUUAUAUCUCUUAUUUGCAGUUUUUAGCCCAAUAUUUAUGUGUGACACGCACGUUAGAUAAUUUUUUACUCUUCACAAAGUGGAAGUGACAAAUCUGAUGUGCAUGUUAUGUUACACUGUUAUUUUUUUCUUUUCUUUUUUUCCCCAUAAAUAUCAAAGCAGUUCUUCACAGUAUGCUAUAAACUGUUCCUCAAGCUUUUAUUUUUUAUUUUGUCUGUGUGUCACUGUAUGCUGCUAAAACUGUCGUGUUUGCAUCAUUUAAAUUGUCUCUGUGCUGGAAUGACGCAUACUAUUCAUUCGUAAAUUGCUUGUGAUAUAAAACUUUAUUUAUGAACACAUUGAAAUUGUAGAUUAGUGCACUUAAUUAGCCAGCAGAGGCAGCUCAAAAAAAGAAAACAUAAAGGGAAAUCAAAAUUUUCUUCGUUAUGAUAAUAUCCAGAAAUGUUUAAAUUUCUAAAUUUAUCUUUUUUGUCAAGCAUGACUUGAGCUGACAGGAGAGUGUGAGAUUAGUGACGUGAUAUGAAGCUUUAAGGUAAAUAUAUUGCAGCUGAUUUAUGUUGAUAUUGAGCAAAACUGAUGUCAAGAUGUUUAUAGGAAAGAGCCGUUAUGACUGUAAUGCUGUGUUUUGGUAUCUUGUUUGCAGCCAUGAUCUGCCCUUGGAAAGCGACAGUGACAUCAUUAAAAACUUUGAAUACA